AUGGUGUCAAAAGUUCUCAACCCCUCAAACCAUGAACUUCUGCUGGCAGUAUUAUGGGAUGGAGUGGUACAUACAUCUGCUCAGGUUAGAAGUACCACAGGGAAGAUAUUUGAGGUGCUAGUGAAGGGAGUAAGUGAGAGCCUGAUAGCCAGCAGAGUGGUGCCUGCCCUAGUCACAUUGGCUAGUGACCCAGAAAUAUCUGUGAGAAUAUCUACAGUGCCUGCCUUUGGGACGGUAGUGGAGAACGUCACCCAGAGAGAAAUUCUGGACAAGGUUCACAUGCAGUUCCAAACUUUCAUGGAUGACCCACUUUAUCGCGACCAACAUUCCCUGUAUGUUUCACUCAUCAACACAUUUGCGCGUGUUGGGCCAAAUGCAGAGCCUAAAUUUAGGGACGAAUUUGUUCUCCCAAGAUUAGCAGUAAUGGCUGCCACCAAUAAUCAUACGACCAAUGAAACGCGUAAACGUGAUGUAGCCAUGCAGCUGUGGGAAGCGUACAGUGCGCUGUCAUGCUGCUUCAUCAAUGAGCAGUUGAUCAGCGAGGCCAUGUUGCCAGGGUUACGGUGUCUACGGCAGGACAUGGCGCAGGUGGCACCAGAACUGGAGUCUGUGGUGUCGUCACUCAUCAAAGACUUUGAGACUAAAGUAGAGGCACCCAGGCCGUUGGACAGAAGUGGUAGCAUAUCUGCUGCAGUGUCAGCAGUGACAGGAACAGGAGCAGACAACAUGAAGACCAAAAUGAUGAAUACCUUCAAGGACAUCAAGGACAAGUCCACGUCCUCUCGGGCAAAUAUUGCCAGCAUCUUUAGAAAGAAGUGAUGAAAGACUGAACGUUUUAUGUCAAGUGAAACCUGGAAUAAUCAAGUGGUGAAAGUCUUUUUUUAUAAAUAGAUGGCAGCACUGUCAAAUUAGUUAUUGGCAGGGGUUGGUGAG